AUGGCCUCAACUAAAGACGGAGAGAUCCAGCAGGCUAAUCAAGAACAGGUUUUAGCUGAAAACCAGUCUGCAGAAUGCAAGGUGAAAGCCCCUGAGCAGAGCACUGUGGAAGAAGGGAAGAAAAAAAGGGCAUCGCAAUUAGCUUUGGCACAAGAAGAAGUCGCCACUUUAAAGCUUACAAAGGACGCUACCCUGCAAGCUCAGUUUAAGAAAGAACGAGAGAAUCUGCUCGCUAUGAGUACGAUGUUUAAAUAUGUACAGAAUGAGACCAGCAAAGUCAAACAAUCUUUACAGGAAGAAAGAAAAAGCCGCGAUCGGAAAGAAGCUGAGCUAAAGUGUGAAAUCUCCAGUCUAAGCAACAAAGGCACUGGGCUCCAGUCGAGGGUGACAAAUUUGAUGAACAAGAUCAGUGAACAUAAAAAGGAGAUAGAGAAACUGCGGACUGCAAAGGGAAAGCUUAGGGAUAACGUGUACAAGCAAGAGAUAACCAUAAAUAAAAUGGAAAAGAAGCUUGGCAAGAUGGAGAAUCGCAGUGAGAACUUUAAAAUGCGUCUUCGUAAAAGCGAAAAAAGGAAGGAUGAAAAUAUCAUGAAGGGCCUCGAAUACAGGAAAAUCCUAUCACAGAAAAAGAAAGAGCUGAAAACGAUUCAAGAACAACACAAGGCGGAGAAGCAAUCACUCCUUGCACAAAUUGAAAGCUGCAAAGCCGAAUGCCGAAGAAGAAGAAGAAUUAUUGAGGCCGACAAAGAAAUGAAAGUCGUUAUGGGAGGGACAAUCGAAUUUCUUCGACAGAAGAAUGCCUUCCUCCUACGAGAACUAACCAGCGGUUUCGUUGGUAAAUACAGAACUGCGAGGCAGCUCUUUGGAGCUGUCUUUGGCGCAAUCAGAGCGCGCUUCCACUGA